AUGGCCCGCGAGCCGGAGGAAGAGGAGCCGGCGGGGGCGGCCGCCCUGGCCCGCGGCUGCCGGGGCUCUCUGGGCCGGGCCGGGGCUGGAGGAGCGCGGCGGCCGCCCCUCUGGCUGCGGUGCGUGGUCGCCUGCUGGCUGCUGGGCGCCGUGGCCCACGCCGACUUCUCCAUCCUGGACGAGGCGCAAGUGCUGGCCAGCCAGAUGCGGAGGCUAGCGGCGGAGGAGCUGGGGGUCGUCACCAUGCAGCGGAUAUUCAACUCCUUUGUUUACACUGAGAAAAUCUCAAAUGGAGAAAGUGAAGUGCAGCAGCUAGCCAAAAAAAUCCGAGAGAAGUUCAACCGUUACUUGGAUGUGGUCAACCGGAACAAGCAGGUUGUAGAAGCGUCCUAUACGGCUCACCUGACCUCUCCCCUCACUGCGAUUCAAGACUGCUGUACGAUCCCGCCCUCCAUGAUGGAAUUUGAUGGCAACUUCAAUACCAACGUAUCUAGAACAAUUAGUUGUGAUCGACUUUCUACUACUGUGAAUAGCCGGGCCUUCAAUCCAGGACGAGACUUAAAUUCAGUUCUUGCAGACAACCUGAAGUCCAACCCUGGGAUCAAGUGGCAGUAUUUCAGUUCGGAAGAAGGGAUCUUCACUGUCUUCCCGGCCCACAAGUUCCGGUGUAAGGGCAGCUAUGAGCAUCGCAGCAGACCGACCUACGUCUCCACAGUUCGGCCGCAGUCCAAGCACAUCGUAGUGAUCUUGGACCACGGGGCCUCCGUCACCGACACCCAGCUCCAGAUCGCCAAGGACGCCGCCCAGGUCAUCCUCAGCGCCAUCGACGAGCAUGAUAAGAUCUCGGUGCUGACUGUGGCAGACACUGUGAGGACCUGCUCCCUGGACCAGUGCUACAAGACGUUCCUGUCUCCAGCCACCAGCGAGACCAAAAGGAAGAUGUCCACCUUCGUCAGCAGCGUCAAAUCUCUGGACAGCCCUACUCAGCACGCCGUAGGAUUUCAAAAGGCAUUUCAGCUGAUUCGGAGCACAAAUAACAACACAAAGUUCCAAGCAAAUACAGACAUGGUCAUCAUUUACCUGUCAGCUGGCCUCACAUCAAAGGAAGAAGAUAAAAAGGCGACGCUCCGUAUCAUCAAUGAAGAAAAUAGCUUUCUAAACAACUCCGUGAUGAUUCUCACCUAUGCCCUCAUGAACGAUGGGGUGACUGGUUUGAAAGAGCUGGCUUUUCUGAGAGACCUGGCUGAACAGAACUCGGGGAAGUACGGCGUGCCGGACCGGACAGCCUUGCCCGUGAUUAAGGGCAGCAUGAUGGUGCUGAACCAGCUGAGUAACCUGGAGACCACAGUCGGCAGGUUCUAUACCAACCUUCCCAACCGGAUGAUCGAUGAAGCUGUCUUCAGCCUCCCCUUCUCCGAUGAGAUGGGAGAUGGUUUGAUCAUGACAGUGAGUAAACCCUGUUAUUUUGGAAACCUGCUUCUGGGAAUUGUAGGUGUGGACGUGAACCUGGCUUACAUCCUUGAAGAUGUGACGUAUUACCAAGACUCUUUGGCUUCCUAUACUUUUCUCAUCGAUGACAAAGGGUAUACACUUAUGCACCCAUCUCUUACCAGGCCAUAUUUGCUAUCAGAACCCCCUCUUCAUACUGACAUCAUUCAUUAUGAAAAUAUCCCAAAAUUUGACUUGGUUCGGCAAAAUAUCCUAAGCCUCCCUUUGGGCAGCCAGAUCAUCGUGGUGCCUGUGAACUCCUCCCUGUCCUGGCACAUAAACAAGCUGAGAGAGACCGGGAAGGAGGCGUACAAUGUCAGCUACGCCUGGAAGAUGGUACAAGACACUUCCUUUAUUCUCUGUAUUGUGGUGAUACAACCAGAAAUACCUGUCAGACAAUUGAAGAACCUCAACACAGUGCCCAGCAGCAAGCUGCUGUACCACCGGCUGGACCUCCUGGGCCAGCCCAGUGCUUGCCUCCACUUCAAACAGCUGGCCACGCUAGAGAGUCCAACCGUCAUGCUGUCUGCUGGCAGCUUUUCCUCCCCCUACGAGCACCUCAGCCAGCCCGAGACAAAGCGCAUGGUGGAGCACUACACAGCCUACCUCAGUGACAACACCCGCCUCAUUGCCAACCCGGGGCUCAAAUUCUCUGUCAGAAAUGAAGUAAUGGCUACCAGCCACGUCACAGAUGAAUGGAUGACACAAAUGGAAAUGAGCAGCCUGAACACUUACAUUGUCCGUCGUUACAUAGCAACACCCAAUGGCGUCCUCAGAAUUUAUCCUGGUUCCCUCAUGGACAAAGCAUUUGAUCCCACUAGGAGACAAUGGUAUCUGCAUGCGGUAGCUAAUCCAGGGCUGAUUUCUUUGACUGGCCCUUACUUAGAUGUUGGAGGAGCUGGCUACGUGGUGACUAUUAGCCAUACAAUUCAUUCAUCCAGUACACAGAUGUCUUCUGGUCACACUGUGGCUGUGAUGGGCAUUGACUUCACGCUUAGGUACUUCUACAAGGUUCUGAUGGACUUGUUGCCUGUUUGUAACCAAGACGGCGGCAAUAAAAUAAGGUGCUUCAUCAUGGAGGACAGGGGUUACCUGGUGGCACAUCCGACCCUCAUUGACCCCAAGGGCCACGCGCCUGUGGAGCAGCAGCACAUCACCCACAAGGAGCCCCUGGUUGCAAAUGACAUCCUGAACCACCCCAACUUCGUCAAGAAAAACCUGUGCAACAGCUUCAGUGACAGGACGGUACAGAGGUUUUACAAGUUCAACACUAGCCUCGUGGGGGAUUUGACGAACCUUGUGCACGGCAGCCACUGUUCAAAGUACAGACUGGCAAGGAUCCCAGGAACCAACGCAUUUGUGGGCAUUGUCAACGAAACGUGCGACUCCCUUGCCUUCUGUGCUUGCAGCAUGGUGGACCGGCUCUGCCUCAACUGUCACCGAAUGGAACAAAACGAAUGUGAAUGUCCCUGCGAGUGCCCUCUGGAGGUCAAUGAGUGUACUGGCAACCUCACCAAUGCAGAAAACCGAAACCCAAGCUGCGAGGUCCACCAGGAGCCAGUGACGUACACAGCCACGGACCCUGGCCUGCAAGAUGCUCUUCACCAGUGUGUCAACAGCAGGUGCAGUCAGAGGAUGGAGAGCGGGGACUGCUUUGGUGUGCUGGACUGUGAGUGGUGCAUGGUGGACAGCGAUGGGAAGACUCACCUGGACAAAGCCUACUGUGCGCCUCAGAAAGAAUGCUUUGGGGGCAUUGUGGGAGCCAAGAGUCCCUACGCUGAUGACAUGGGAGCCAUAGGUGAUGAAGUGAUCACAUUGAACAUGAUUAAAAGUGCCCCCGUGGGCCCCGUGGCCGGAGGCAUCAUGGGGUGCAUCAUGGUGCUGGUCCUUGCAGUGUACGCCUACCGCCAUCAGAUCCACCGCCGGAGCCAUCAGCACAUGUCUCCUCUGGCCGCUCAAGAAAUGUCAGUGCGUAUGUCCAACCUGGAGAAUGACAGAGAUGAAAGGGACGAAGACAGCCACGAAGACAGAGGCAUCAUCAGCAAUACCCGGUUCAUAGCCGCUGUCAUGGAGCGGCACGCACACAGCCCGGAGAGGAGGCGUCGCUACUGGGGCCGCUCGGGAACCGAGAGUGAUCACGGCUACAGCACGAUGAGCCCGCAGGAGGACAGCGAGAACCCGCCGUGCAACAACGACCCCUUGUCGGCGGGCGUGGACGUGGGCAACCACGACGAGGACUUGGACCUGGACGCCCCGCCUCAGACCGCGGCCCUUCUCAGCAACAAGUUCCACCACUACCGCCUGCCCCACCCCACGCUCCACCACAGCCACCACCUGCAGGCGGCCGUGACCGUGCACAGCGUGGACGCCGAGUGCUAA